AACUAUAAAAACAACCAUACAGAUCCAAUAAUUAAUCACCCAUCAGGCCAUCGCAAUCAGACCUAUAUUUUCGUUUCGUAGUAUUCACACCACUCACUGAAAUAAUCUGAUCAAUAAUUCAGAUAUGGCUGAAGCUGAACACAGUUCCUCAUCAUCUCCUCGACUUGACGGCCGAGUAGCAAUCAUAACCGGUGCCUCACGUGGUCUUGGCCGUGCUAUAGCCAUCCAUCUCCACUCCCUUGGUGCAAGGGUUGUGCUAAAUUAUGCUUCAAGCUCAACGCAAGCAGAUCUUCUAGCAAAUGAGCUCAAUGCUACCUCAACCAACCUUUCACAACCUCAAGCAAUUGCAGUUCGAGCAGAUGUUUCAGACCCAGAUCAGAUCAAGCUACUCUUUGAUAAAGCUGAACAAGAAUUUGGUUCAGGAAUCCAUAUCCUUGUAAACAGUGCUGGAGUGCUUGAUCCAAAGUACCCAAGUUUGGGGAAUACCACAGUGGAGGAUUGGGAUACAACAUUUAAUAUUAACACAAAAGGUUCAUUUCUGUGUUGUAGGGAAGCUGUGAAUCGAUUGAAACGUGGAGGUGGUGGAAGAAUCAUCAUGAUAUCAACCUCAAUAGUUGGAGGACUUCUACCAGGGUAUGCAUCUUAUGCAGCCUCUAAAGCAGCCGUAGAGACAAUGACAAAGAUAGUGGCUAAGGAGCUCAAGGGUACUGGAAUUACUGCCAAUUGUGUUGCACCAGGGCCUAUUGCGACUGAAAUGUUUUUUGCUGGUAAAACUGAGGAAACAGUCAACAGGAUUGUGGAUGCUUGUCCUCUAGGCCGACUUGGAGAGCCCAAGGAUAUAACUCAGCUUGUUGGGUUUUUAGCUAGUGAUGCUGGGGAGUGGAUUAAUGGUCAGGUCAUUAGGGCCAAUGGUGGAUUUGUUAUUGUUUAAACACACAAUUUCUCUCCACCCUUCAAUUCAUUGCUCUUGUCCUGCUUUUCUUUUCUUUAAUUUCUAUAUAUUAAUUGCACCUGCUUCGUUUCU